AAAAUUUAUUAGUUUUUUGUAAAUAAUGGUUUUGUAGUGAUCCCUUGUGCAGUUAUUCUUGUUGUUUUAGUUCCUAAUUUGUUGUUACAAUGUUGAGAGCAGUAAAAAGUGGCAGUGCGAAGUUCAAGUCAGUGAAUAACUUGAGAUAUGGAUUUCAAAGAAGGUUCUUAGCUUCGGACUCCGAAGUUGUUUCAUCGGCUGAUGUUGUUAUAGUUGGCGGCGGCAUAGCAGGAUGCAAUACCCUGUAUCAGCUGACCAAGCGAGGGGUGAGCGCCGUGCUGCUGGAGCGAGGGAAGCUCACCAGCGGGACCACAUGGCAUACCGCCGGUUUCGUCUGGUCCCUAAGGCCUUCCGACCUAGAAGUGAAGCUGCUAGAAGAUUCCAGAAUUUUGUACGAGACUUUGGGAGAAGAAUCGGAGGAUUACGCAGGCUGGAACAACAAUGGGGGAUUGUUUAUAUCUAGAAGCAAUCUCCGCACACAAGAGUACAUGCGUUUGCACACGCUAGGUAACGCGAUGGGCGUACCCAGCGAAGUUCUAAGCCCUGCUGAUGCUCAGAAGAUAUUCCCGCUGCUUGACCCGUCCGUGUUUGAGAUGGCCUUGUACUGUAGACAGGACGGGACUGUUGAGCCUGAUAGUGUCUGUAAUACGCUGGUGAAAGCUUCUACGAAGAGGGGUGCUAAGGUGUACGAAGACACGCCGGUGCUGGACAUCCACUACUCUCACAACAUGCUGGGCAACAAGGAGGUGACGGGCGUGCACACCAACAAGGGCUUCAUCAGGACCAAGUGUGUUGUCAACUGUGGAGGCGCAUGGGGCGGCCGCAUAGCCAGAUUCGCGGGCAUCCCCGCGCUCCCACUAAUCCCGUUCAAGCACGCGUACGUGGUGAUGGACCGAAUCCCCGAGGUCCGCGGCGGGCCCAACAUACGGGACCACGACGCGAGUUUGUACCUGAAGGUGGCUGGCGAGACCGUCAGUGUGGGCGGGUACGAGCCUAACCCGAUUAUGUUGGAUCAGGUAUCAGACAGCCAGCAGUUCCACCUGUACGACCUGGACUGGGACGUGUUCGGCAUGCACAGCACCAACGCGGCGAUCCUCUGUCCCGCUCUAGCCAAGGUGGGAGUGAAGAGUACAGUAUGCGGCCCUGAGUCGUUCACGCCUGAUCAUAAGCCUUUGUUGGGCGAGGACCCGAAUAUCUUCGGUUUGUAUCACAACUGUGGCUACAACUCAGCCGGGAUAAUGUUCUCCGCUGGAUGCGGCAUCCAAUUAGCUGAAUGGAUCGUUAGCGGAAGGCCACACUACAACAUGUUCACCUUCGACAUCCGUCGCUUCACCGCCGCCCAGACGUCGCGCCCGCACUGGGUGCGCGAGAGCAGCCACGAGGCGUAUGCCAAGAACUACUCGCUGGUGUUCCCGCACGACGAGCCUCUGGCCGGGAGGGACGUCAGUCACGACGCUCUGCAUCAGGAGCUGGUGGAGGAUGGAGCUUGCAUGCAGAGCCGCGCCGGCUGGGAGCGCCCGGGGCUCUUCUUGCCGGGGGAGAAGACGCGAGUGCAGCAGUACGACUGGGGCGGCACACACGACUACCCGCGCAACCUGGACCGCCGCUACGAGGACAUGCUGAAGGGGGACUACACGUACGGCUUCUCUAAGUACCAUGAUAUUAUACGUCAAGAGGCCCUCGCGUGCCGCAACGGUGCCGCCCUCUUCAACCAGUCGUACUACGGCAAGCUGUACCUGACGGGGCCGGACGCGCAGCGCGUGGCCGCGCUCGCCUUCACCGCCGACCUCACUAACAAGGCCGACACAGUGGUGUACACGCUGAUGCUGAACGAGAAAGGCGGCGUGGAGGCGGACGUGACGGUCAGCGUGCUGGACGGCGGCGGCGGCCAGCUGCACGAGCCCAUCUUCAAGGGUCGCGGCUACUACGUGGUGACAGCCGGCUUCAGCGCCAACCACACGAUGGCGCACCUCCGCCGCAUCAUCCACAGCCAUGGCCUGCGCGCCACCAUCACCGACGUGUCCAAGCAGCUGUGCGUGCUCAGUGUGCAGGGGCCGGACAGCCAAAGAAUCCUGCAGCGCUACACCGACACCGGCCUGUCAAACGACGCGUUCCCGCUCUACGCGCACAAAAGCAUUCGCGUAUCGAAAGCGCCUAACUCCUCCGACACUAAGACCUACACGUGUCGAGCCCUGAGGGUGACCUGGUCCGGCGAGCUGGGCUGGGAGUUGCAUGUGCCGUCGGCUAGUGCCGUGUCGGUCUACAAGGCGUUAAGAUUGGCCAAGAAUCUGAAUAAUUCUGGGUGGCGCGCGCUGACCGCUUUGAGCGCUGAGAAAGGCUACCACCUAUGGAACGCGGACCUGCGCUCGGACGACAACCCGGUGGAGGCGGGGCUCGGCUUCACGUGCCGCAAGGACGGCGACUACGUCGGCAACGAGGCCGUCACCAGGGCCCGGGUUGAGGGCGUGGCUAAGAAGUACGCCUUCUUCACUAUGGACGAUCAGGUCUGCCUAUUAGGCCAAGAAGCGGUCUACAGGAACGGCGAACCGGUUGGAUAUCUCCGACGAGGCGACUACGCCUACUACCUAGACAAGCCAAUAGGCAUCGGCUACGUCACUAACAAAAAUGGCGUCGUCACGAACAAAUACCUGACCGAAGGCGAUUAUGAGAUCGAUGUGAUGGGAAAGAGAUAUAAAGCUACGUUGCAUUUGAAAUCACCCUUCGAUCCUAAAGGCCAGAGGCUGCUUGGGAACUAUGGUGACCGAGGAAUGGAUGAAAACACCCACGAACCUCAUGCAGGCCAGAAUGAACGAGCCGGCGGGAGUGAAUAGAAGAUCUCUUUCCUUAUGAGUUUUAUGACGUUUUUUUGGCAAUGCAAAGCGAGAGGGUGUACAUGUAAAUACCGUGUUUAGAUGAUCAAGUAUUCUAUUUACUUAGCUCCUUAGUUAUUUUAUGUUAUUUUACUGUGUAAUUAAUACAUCUAGAAUAGUCUAGAUAUAUUACUCUGUAAUAAAAUAUACACAAAUACAAAUUUUGCAUUAUAUAUUUUUUUACAGUA